AUGCUAACUCUGCUGGGAACCACUGCCGAAUCAGCUGGUCGGAGACAAAAGCUCAUGUCUCUAUGGACUGAUGAUGGCGCGUCAGAGACACUGCAUGAAUCUUGGAAAACCAGUCGCCUAUAUGGUGCGCUCGAGAAGAUGCUUUCUAACUCUGAACCAGUUACUGAGAGCUCAGGAAAGCGCUCCCGGGAGGACCAAGACGACGGCACCGGAAGUGAAUGGGGUUUUCGCAUUGACCGUAGCUCGACUCCUCUCGCUCAUGAUGCUCCGCGUGUUGUUGAGCCUUCCAUCUCCCCCCGUGCCAAAAGGCCUCGGCUGGCCGCUCCUACCGACAGCAGGAUCCCGUCGUAUACCGCUAGCGCUACGAAUGCCCUACAAUUACCCCCGCAGACCUCGCAACUGUUGGACGUCUAUUUCGCAGUCACUCACUCAUGGUUCCCAAUCGUCGCAAAACAUAACAUUCUACGAGCGUCGUACCUGUAUGCAAGCGCGCCGUUAUCCGUCGCAAAAAUGGCCCCAGGUUCGGGCGACCACGCCGCAUUGUGGGCCUUGCUCAGUUAUACCAUUUCUCAAUCUCGGGUUAACCCGCAGGACGGGGCGUUGGAAGCGCUUUCGAAGACCAAGGAGUAUUACUCGGUAGCUCGCAGCUUGAUCCCUUCUGAAACGGAGCGGUUCGAGCUUGGACAUGUGCAGGCACUGUUGCUGCUGACGUUGGUGAACAUCGGCCUGGAGGACUGGACCGCUGCCUGGCUGCUGAGUGGUCAGGCUGUGCGCAUGGCCAUUUCUAUGGAUCUUGGAGCCUUUAUGGACGUUCGACGAUCGGACGAGUUGAGGCAAGGAAAGGCGGUUUUUCUUGGCUGUUUCGUGAUCGACUCAUUGCUUUCGUUCCGUUUGUCGAGGCGACCGUGCAUGCAUCCUCGUGAUCUCACCAUGGUCGGCCUGUUGGAAGAAGAUGGCUUGGAAGAGUGGAAUUCGUGGGCGGACGUCUUGCCACCCACGGGAGCUGGACAGGGGAAGAGCCCCCCUCGUCGGGGUCCGCUGCUCGCUUUAAGCUGCUUCAAUCGACUGGUCGAGUUAGCCGGUGUGCUAAAUAAGAUUGCUCGCGAUUCCACGGCCGGACCAAACGCACCCUUAUUUGCACAACAACUGGUCAUGGAGCUCAAGCAAUGGGAUGAUCGUCUCCCGCUCGGAUGUCGCUUGAUUGGCCCGGAAAGUAUCUAUCCGGAACGACAUUCGGCGUUACUCCCACACCAGAGCUACCUUGGCCUGACAUAUGUGGCGACGCUUCUAUGGCUUUAUCUGCGCAUUGCGCCCCAGGAGCUCGGGUUGCACCGCUCCCAACGGCCAGCUAUCGAAGGAGCCAAGAAGCUCCUUUAUAGAGCUCUUCCGAUGGUGUCCCAGCACCUUGAUAACUUCCAGGUUUGCGGCUUGCCGCCCAUAUUCGAGCUUUCUUUACGCACUAUCGCCGAACAAGCGUUCACUCUGCGCAAUAAGAUUGAAUCCGACAUGUUCCCUUUCGGACGAUGGACUGAAGCGCUUCUCCAGCGAACCACGGAGCUCAGUUCAACUUGGCCAGUGUAUCGUUCAUUGUCUGCUUCGAUCGAUCACUGGUACCGUUCUAAGGAUCUUCCCGGAAACCUUCCUCUAUCCUAUCAGCCCGCAGAGGCAGGAUCAGCACCCGGAAUGGCUAGCGGUAUGACCAGUACUGCACUACCCCCUGAGUCUAUAGCAACAUCGGCGGCAGGGUAUCCCAGCAUAAUGAGAGAGCCUUCGAUGAACCCUCAUAUGAGAAGGGCUGCACCUGGAAUGGGGGAUUCCGAUUAUACAUCCGCUAUCAUGGGCAUCACUAUCCCUGUAGACGGACAGUACAUGACGCCAAAAGAUCCCACGGUGGAGAAUCCUGAGCUAUCUAUGAUGGACGUAUCCUUCCAACAACCCUUGGACGGACGGGCGGCACACAUGGACAAGUCCGAGCCGACUGCUGCUUUGAAUGCAGCAUUACCGCGGGGCCCACGCCCCCAUCCGUCCACACCCGACUCUGGCGUGUCGAGUUCGAUGAUGUCGGUCACAGGCCCGGGUGUUAUACACGAACGUUCUGUACCUUCGGGGGAUAGGGGCUCGGAUACGACAGAGCGUAUCGGGUCGACAGGCGACAUUGACGCCAUCUUCAAGGAUCUUGCAUACCUCGACACCACAGAGUGGGCUAACAAUCGCGAGGCUGCGCUGAAGGAUUUCGGGUUUAUUGACGAGAGUACGUUCCAGGCUUUCUGCCAUGACCCAGACCGACUCGCUGGGACUCAGCCGUUAGUGCAUCCUCCCUCAAUUGCCGAUAUUUGGCCGCCACCGGGCUUUUUCCCGGAGACGUUCCGUGAUACUACGGAAGAUGUGAUGGAGGGUUGA